AAGCAUUAUCGGAAGUUCAUCGCUCUACAGGCGUGAGCUCCAUUCAAAAAAUGGCACUGCUGUCAGAAGACCAGAAGGAGUGGAUCGGCCGCUGUGUCGAGGCCGGGAAAGGCGUUCUGCACUAUGGCUGGGUGCCGUUUGUGCUCUACAUUGGCUACACUCGGUCGACGCCUCAACCAAGUCUGAUCAAAUUGAUCAGCCCGCUAGCGUAAGAGGUCCCUUGUACCUUGGUCCUCCACUGUACUACUAAAUCCUUGCUGCAACACACCCUUCAACCUUCAAGGCCGUUGAGUCCAGCGCAAUUGCAGAACUUUCACCCUCUCAGUUGAUGGCGCAUUUUCUAUGACUCCGUGGCUUCAUAUGGCGCUGAAAUCGCUUUAAGAUACAUGGAGAGCGACAUCCGCGACGAAGGAGAGUGCUUUGCUGACAGGGAGCGUGUCAGAGAGCGGUC